AUGCCGGUGUUUCACACGAAGAUAAUCGAGAGUAUUUUGGAGCCAGUUGCUCAACAGGUAUCGCGUCUGGUGAUCCUCCAUGAAGAAGCAGAAGAUGGCAAUGCGAUGCCAGACCUGGCGAGGCCGGUGCAAGCCGUGUCCCUCGCCGUCAACAACCUUGUCAAAGUUGGACACGAGACCAUUGAGUCUUCAGAAGACGCUGUCCUCAGACACGACAUGCCGGGCGCCCUGCAUCGCGUGGAGACUGCCGCCACACUGCUGCAGCAGGCCUCCGAUAUGCUGCGAGCUGAUCCUUAUUCAGGACCUGCUAGAAAGAAGCUGAUUGAAGGCUCCCGUGGUAUCUUGCAAGGGACCUCGGCAUUGUUGCUGUGCUUCGAUGAAUCUGAAGUCCGCAAGAUUGUGAAGGAGUGCAAGAAGGUGCUAGACUAUCUAGGCGUGGCAGAGGUGAUAGAUACCAUGGAAGAUUUGGUGCAGUUCCUCAGGGACAUCUCGCCUGCACUCUCCAGGGCAGCUAGGGAGGUGGCAGCCCGCGCCGCGGAGCUGACCCACCCGCCGCACGCGGAGACAUUGAACCGUUGCCUCGACAGCGUCAAGCAGCUCGCGCCCGUACUCAUCUGCUCCAUGAAGAUCUACAUACAUAUACUUACUGAAGGAGGCAAGGGAAUGGAAGAAGCAGCUGAAAAUAGGAACUAUUUAGCUCAGAGGAUGGCUGACGAAAUACAUGAGAUUAUACGAGUCCUCCAACUGACAUCGUACGUGGAGGACGGCGGAGAGAAGGACAACGUCACAGUACUGAAGGCCUUGCAGCAACAGAUACACGCCAAGAUGGCCGCCGCGCACGAGUUUCUUAAUGACCCGGACGCGCCCCGGACGGGCCCGGGCGAGCGCGCGCUGCGCGGCCUGCUGACGUCGGCGCAGCGCGCUGCAGAGCAUCUCGCGCCGCAACCUGCUGAACUGACGAGGAGACUUGUCCGAUCGGGAGGUAUAAACGCAGACCAAUUAUGCGACGAGCGUCAAUACGGACACGGUAGAGAAGCCAAGGCACUGAACCUGGCUUCAGACCUUCGGCACCAAAUCAACGAGCUGGACGCCAUCGUCAACGAGGGCGUCAGGGCCGCUGAGAAACAAGGAGGGAAGACUAUGCAGGCUAGACUGGAGACAGCCCACAAGUGGUUGCUCCAUCCUGCCGCGGACCCAGUGACCAGGGUGGAGGGACAGAAGGCCAUCAACAGCAUCGUGUCGCAGGGACAGAGGAUCGCGGACGGUCUGCAAGGCAGAGAGAAGGCGGAAGUCCUCCAGCUGUGCUCGGAAGUCCAGCGACUGUCGGACAAGUUGGGGGACCUCUGUGCCUCGGGCAGGGGGGACAGCGACGAGGCCAGGGCUGUCACUAGAGAGCUGACAGACAAGCUCCAUGAGCUGAAGCGUGCGACAGAGCGCGCCGUCGUCAACCGCGUCGUGGAGGACUUCAUUGACGUCGCCGCGCCCCUGCGGCACUUCACCGACGCCGUCAAUACUCCGCCUGGUACUCCAGGCCGGGAGAGCAAUUUCCAGGACAAGGCGGCGGCGCUGGCCGCGUUCAGCGCGCGCGCGGGCGCCGCGGCCGGCGUCGUGGCGGCCGGCGUCGGGCACAACAAGAGGCUCGCCGACCAACUCAUACACAAUGCGCAACAGGUUGAAAAGCUAUCACCUCAACUCAUUGCUGCAGGCAAGAUCAGACUCUACAACCCUGAGAGUAAGGUGGCAGAGGAACAUUUCAACAACUUGAAGAACCAGUACGCGGACGCCGUGCUCCGUGUCAGAGACCUCUGUGACCAGGCGGUGGACCCACUGGACUUCGUCAGGACUGCCGGUGAACUGAUGCAGAAGCACACGUACUUGUGUGAGGACGCGAUACGUAACAACGACUCGCAGAAGAUGGUCGACAACACUUCAGCCAUCGCCAGGCUAGCAAACCGAGUCCUCCUAGUAGGGGGAGCGGAGCGCGACAACACGGAGGACGCGCAGUUCGCGCGCGCACUGGGCGCCGCGCAGCAACGACUGCAGGCCGCCAUCCCGCCCGCCGUACACUGCGCCAAGGCCGUGGCGCUGGGGGACCGCGCCCAGGCCCCGGCCUGGAGGGCCGCCAACUCUGAGAUAAUAAACGCGGCCGGCGAGGUAGAGUCAGCCCUGUCGGGGCACUACGCGCCGGCGCCGCCGCCGCCCGCGCUGCCGGAGGCGCUGUCCCGCCUGCAGGUGUCGGGCGCGGCCGCCCCGCCCCGCCCCCCGCCGCCCGCCGGCGCCGCGCCCCCGCCCCGCCCGCCGCCGCCCGCCGACACCGACGACGAGGGAGAGGACAUCUUCAGAAGGCAACCUCAUCCUAGCCAACCUAUUUUGGUGGCGGCCCACAACCUGCACAAGGCGGUCCGCGAGUGGUCGUCCAAGGACAACGAGAUCAUCGCGGCCGCCAAGCGGAUGGCCAUCCUCAUGGCGCGCCUCUCCGAGCUCGUGCGCUCCGACUCCAAGGGUAGCAAACGUGAGCUGAUAGCUACGGCGAAGGCGAUCGCUGAAGCUUCCGAGGAAGUCACCAGGCUUGCCAAGAAGCUGGCUCUCGAGUGCACUGACAAGAGGAUCCGUACUAACCUGCUCCAAGUAUGCGAGCGUAUCCCGACGAUUGGCACGCAGCUCAAGAUUCUAUCCACCGUCAAGGCGACCAUGCUUGGCGCUCAAGGUAGCGAAGAGGACCAGGAAGCGACGGAGAUGUUGGUCGGCAAUGCUCAGAACUUGAUGCAGAGCGUGAAGGAAACAGUGAAGGCAGCAGAGGGCGCCUCCAUCAAGAUCCGCACCGAGCAGGGCGGGUACAGGCUGCGCUGGGUACGGCGCUCGCCCUGGUACCAGAUCUAA